UAGGAAACAAGGCCCAACCCGGCUUGUUUCACCCCUAUCAAGUGACGGGCAUAUUUCUGGUCGUUUGAGAAGAAGCGUAAAGCAUGACCGUGGCACCAGUAGCAGUAAAAUACUAGUUUCAGACUUGCAGUGAUUGAAAGAGAUAUAAUAUGGCGAAUUUUAGAUCUCGGGCGAUAAUUAGAGAAGAAGAAUUAUCGCGGCUUCUCGACAGCCGUCUUUUUCACAGUACUUAAGAUGAAACAAGUUUUCAAGACGGAGCUAGGGCUUUGGUUACUGUUCCAUUUCCACUCUGAAGACCACUCCUCUCUGGCUCGAUGACGAGCAAGCGCGCUUACAAGCUACAGGAAUUUGUGGCACACAGUUCCAGUGUCAAUUGCCUCAAAAUUGGAAGGAAGUCGUCGAGGGUUCUUGUCACAGGAGGGGAAGAUCACAAGGUGAACCUGUGGGCCAUUGGCAAACCCAACGCUAUAUUGAGCCUGUCUGGUCAUACGAGUGCAGUCGAGUCAGUAAGUUUUGAUUCUUCGGAGGUUUUGGUGGCAGCAGGAGCAGCAAGUGGCACAGUAAAGCUGUGGGAUUUAGAGGAGGCAAAGAUUGUUCGCACACUUACUGGGCACAGAUCAAAUUGUAUAUCAGUCGACUUUCAUCCCUUUGGGGAAUUCUUUGCAUCUGGUUCUUUAGAUACAAAUCUUAAGAUAUGGGAUAUCCGAAGGAAGGGAUGUAUCCACACAUACAAAGGCCACACCCGAGGGGUCAAUGCCAUCAGAUUUACCCCCGAUGGCCGCUGGGUUGUUUCUGGUGGAGAAGAUAAUAUUGUGAAGCUGUGGGAUCUGACUGCCGGAAAGCUAUUGCAUGAUUUCAAGUGUCAUGAGGGCCAGAUUCAGUGCAUUGAUUUUCAUCCCCAUGAAUUUCUGCUGGCGACAGGUUGGGAACGUUUUGUGUUUAAUGUAGUAAUCUGAUUUAACCUCUAGGUA